AUGCUCAGAGGAAAAUGGUGCCUGGUGACGGGCGGGAAUCGCGGCAUCGGCAUGACCGUCGCCGUGGCAUUCGCCAAGGAGGGCGCCAGCCUGAUGCUGGUCGCCCGCGAUGAACCGGCGCUUGCCAGCGCCGCCCAGGCGUGCACAGAGGCCGGCGCCGGCGAGGUCGUGACCCGCGCGGCCGACCUGGGCGAUCCCGGGGAAAUCGACGCACUGGGUGAGGAGGCACUGGCGAAGUGCGGCACCGUUGAUGUGCUGGUGAACAACGCGGCGUACACGGUGCCGGCCAGCUCGCCGCUAGAAGGGGAUCCGAACGACUUCGACAAGAUGAUCGCCAUCAACCUCUCUGCGCCCAUACGCCUCACUCGGCUGCUCGCGCCCAAAAUGGCCGAAAAGAGGGACGGUGUCAUCAUCAAUGUGGCGAGCGUUUACGGCCACGUGCCCUCUGCAAUGUGGGGCGUGUACUCGGCGACCAAACACGGACUGAAGGGAUGGUCGCAUUCCUGCGCGGCCACGCUGAGACCCAAGAACGUGAAGGUUGUGUGCGUUCACCCGGGCUGUGUGUACACAGACAUGGCGAGGAAGAUGGUGGAGAAGGACCCCAGCUUAGCGGAAACAAUCGAGGGGCGCCUGAUGGCGCCAGAGGACGUCGCGGAGGCGUGCAUGCUGGCCUUCCGCACCUCCGCGCGCUGCUGCCCAACGGACAUCACCCUGCUGGAGGCGCCCCCCGUGCAGCCGCACUACACCUAG